AUGUCUGCUCCUAUGCGCAACCCGAUGGAUUCCAUGACGUCCACCUGGCGUUCGUGGGAUCGCUCACGCUGGAAUGCGGGUCACUGGCUGAUCGAGAUCCUGGAUGUUCAUCCCCUCUCCUCAGAUAAAGAGGUCCCAGUUCAUCAGAAGACAGACAAAGUCCCCCAUGUACCCGAGAUACAGUUCCACAUUUGGAUCCUAGCCCACGCAGCCAUCCCGCUCAUUCUUCACGAACUCUAUAUCAACUACAUCGGCCGACCAUCGGGUGUGCUGGUGUUUCUCUUCUAUAGUCUAGCCCUGAAGUUCACGGCCGUGCACGAGAUCCACAUUUUCCGCCGAAUCGGCGAGAAGACUGGAUACUUCGACGGUGACAAACAUGCUCGAGAUGGUGUACCUGAUGUGGGAGUGAGGAAGACGGCGCAAUCUCUCGUAUCAGUCAUCACGUUCAGACCAAUGUAUUCGAUUAUCGUCGCCUAUCGAGCAAGUGAAGCCCCAUCAUCCAUUCGAUGGGGAUGGUUAAUCUUUGAAUCCGGCAUAUACCCCCUCAUGAUCGACUUUUGGUACUAUAUCUUCCACCGAUGUGCGCACGAAUCUGAGUACCUGUGGAGGUUUCACCGAACCCACCAUCUAACCAAGCACCCGAACCCACUCCUGACUGCCUACGCGGAUAUGGUUCAGGAGUUCUUCGAUAUUAUCGCCACACCUCUUCUCGCGUACGGGUCAAUGAAGCUGAUGGGCUUUCCGAUGGGCUUCUACGAAUGGUGGAUCUGUCAGGCGUAUGUGGUGUUCACUGAAGUUAUGGGGCAUAGCGGCUUGCGCAUGAUGGGCCCUGCUGUGAGUCCGUGGGGCUGGCUGCUGAAGCUUUUCGAUAUGCAGCUUGUAAUUGAGGAUCAUGAUCUUCAUCAUCGCAAAGGUUGGAAGAACAGUCAUAACUAUGGUAAACAGACUCUAGUAUGGGAUCGGCUAUUUAACACGUCUAUCCCUCGUAUAGAAGGGCACAAAGACAAUAUUGAUUAUGUCAAUGUAACAGAGAUUCCCUUGUUUUAA